AUGCAGGACGCGCGGAUUACUUUGGAAAAACAAACACAGAGGCCAGAUGACUUGACAGUGACCCGUCUUGUGAAGACCCUGGAAAAUAAUGCAUAUCCACACCUAAUGCUACUAACCAGCGAUGCAACUACAACGCCAGUCACGGUGGUAGGAGCAUACUUCCCUGGUCCGCUCUGGCUCAAAGCAAAUGGAAAAGAUUUGCGCGAAUUCAAGACUGGCACUUCCCAUAUCCUCUUUCAGCUUGAGCCUCAAUUCCGCCUUCUCCGAUGGAUUUGGCCUAAUAUACAGCUCACAGACAUCAUCAAUACACAUGAAGAGGAAUUGUCGCUCGAAGCUAUCGUAGCAAGUGACAAAACACCUCCGACAUCAAACAAGGUCUAUUGGAUCGGAGACCCGGAACGAACAGGUCCUGGCCUACAAAUUGACCCAGUGGCGAGGUCGGCUCUGCUCACGAGCAAUUUUACCGACGCCAACGAUGGAGGAGUAGCCUGGUAUAACGAUGUGGGCAGACAUAGCGACCGUGAAGACAAAAUACCCAAAAAGCACUGGGAGGUGACUGUCAAGCUUGGUCAGCUUAAAAUUUUCCGUCUUUCGUGCGGGUUAGACGCAGACCUCGCUACUGGGAGGAUCAUCCGUGCCAAGGAUCAGGCUCGAUACAUGCGGGAGGCAAUGAAAACAAGGAUCGCGGGUGAGGACCUGAUUUCAGGCUUCGGAUCUACUACAUGA